GUUUAUCUCUACAAGAAAUCCAUGAUUUAGUAGAAAAUAACAGAGAACCUUGGAGUUGGAGUGGACCUGGAGUUUCACAGGCACAUCAGAUAUCAUGGAGAUUCCCACAGGAAUGAAUGGACUUCCGGUUGCCUCGUCUCACUACACAUACGUAAGUGAAACGAGUCGUUAACUCAGAGACAAAGAAACAGAUGAUUAAUAUCAAACUAUUUUCCUGUGUAACCCUUCAGUGCCUGAAUGUGUACACUUUAACAAUGUGAGGUUAAAAGCAAAUAAACUGAUUCUAAAUCAAACCAGCUGUGUGACGUGAAUUGUUCAGGUGUAGUUGACCAUGAAUGAAAGUGACCCGUGUUGAUGACAAACUAAUGAGUUUAAAACAUAACCAUGUGUGGCUGUGACCAUCACACAUGUACAUAUGAAAAGGAUCAGACAUGUUAUAUCUGUCUUUCUAUGAUCACUGCUUCUCCCUCCCUCCUUUCUAUUGGUGCAUCACUUCCUGUUUUUUGACCAAUAGGCUUGCCCAUUGGAGAGUCGUCCUCUCACUCAGCUCAUCAGUGUUACACAACACAGGUGUGUAAGCUACUACAGACAAGGACCCUGAUGAAGAGUCAUUGACCCUGAUGAAGACCUGGGAGUCACAAAGCGUUCGUCUUUUUAUUCUAUGCUGCCAUGUAAAAUAAAGGCACAAACCCUACAGUGUGCCUUUGAAGAAGACUUGCAUUUUAUAUUUCUUGAUUGAGAGUAUACUUCAUUCACACAAUGAGCCCCUCACAAGAAUAAAUCAGGCAAGUGUUGUCAUUUAUAACCUAAAAUUAAUUCUCAAUGCUUUAUUGUUCCUUCAGAAUAAAACAGCAGCUGCACAUCUGUCUCUGUGCACACAGGAAGAGGAUAUAUCAGGCUGUAGAUACACACUCAAGACUUGUUAGACACAUUCACUGUUAGAGUCUAAUUAUAAUAAAUAUAAAAUAUACAGACUGAGACUUUAAACCAAUCAGAGCUGAUCACAUGGCGUUAGAGGAGGAACGUCUAUUUGAUGACUUUAAAGGAUGACGGUUGGUUUUUAUCACUGGAGGAAAAUAAGUAACGUAAAGAAAAAUGAGCUCAGAGAACAUGUCUGAGCUCACAUGAGAACAUGUUGGACCGCAGGGCAAACGUCUCUGUCUGUGCAUUCCUGCGUUGCUGACUCUACAUGUCAGCAUCCGUCAUGUUAAGAACAUGUUAACCGUCUCCUCUCUGGCAGGUUUGAAGUCGUCUCCUCAUCAUGUCAGACUGCUGCACAGCUGUGGACCAUGUGAAGACACAACUUCAGUCCCGCAAAGGCUUCAAUCCACAGCUGAGGAUGAAAUUCUGUGACAGCUGGACAGAGAUGUACGAACCAUCAUCAUCCUCACUGUGACCUCGUCACAUGUCCACGUUUGGUCAUGGACUUUCCACGUCCACAUAUGACGUCCAAGGACAUGAUGUUCAUCUCCAGUCCCCAUUUCUCACAUGAAGUCAACGAGUUCUCCUGUUUCCAACAUCUCCACCUUCAGCCUUUAUUUUUCCAUAUUUGGUUAUUUCUGUUCGUGACGUGCCAGCUCAGGCCUGCCCCAAGAAGACAAGCCUUAUAAACCUGCCUCUAUGAUCACUGCUGUCUCACUCACACCCACCUCUCUACCUGAACUCCUCCACACAGCAGGUUUGAAGUCGUCUCCUCAUCAUGCCUGGCAGCAGCAGAACUCUGGACGAUCUGAGGAACCUCUAUCAGACCAGAAAAGGUUUCGAUUCACAGCAGACGACCAAGUUCUUUGACGGCUGGGCGGCGACAUAUGAGGAGGAUAUGGAGACACUCAAAUACAGAGAGCCACAGAUGUUGGUAGAUUUCCUGAAUGCCAACUUCUCUGGGAGUCGUGAGGAGGCGCAGGUUCUGGACGUCGCCUGUGGGUCUGGACUGGUCGCUAAAGUGAUGGCUAAAGUGGGCUUCAGGCACUUUGUUGGAGUGGACAGCAGUAAAAACAUGCUGGACCAAGCUGCACAGAGCGGCCUCUAUCAGGACCUCAAACUGGCCUUACUGGGAACAGAACCACUGCCUGCACAGACUGGUGCGUUUGAUGUUGUCAUCAUCGUCGGUGCUUUACGUGAAUGUUCUGUGCCGGUCAGCGUUGUCAGGGAGCUCUACCGGGCCACCAAACCAGGAGGUUAUGUUUGCAUGACGAGAGUGGACACAAAGACGGAGCCUGGAGAAGAAUACAAGGUGUCUUUUGAGAAAGAGCUGCAGCUGAUGGAGGAGGAGGGGCUGUGGGUCAAAGUGAACACCAAGCAGAAGAACAAUUACCUAUUAGACCCUUUUAAUCGCUAUGAAAAAGAGCAGAAGGAGCAAUACAUCGGUGGGACCAUGUACAUGUACAAGUCACUCAAGUAGUCACUCUACACCUGUAGACAUUCCUUCACUGUCUGAUCUGUAGAUUCAACACAAUGUCACUAAACACACCAAAGUUUAUGUGGACAUUUUGAUCCUUCAGCACAAUCAAGCCCCGAGCUAUGAUCGGACAGUUGAUUGUUUUUCAGUGAUACGUGACUUUGCUGUGUCCAGACCUGGACGGUUCAGUCACAAUGAUAAACAUUCAUUUAUUAAAAACAAAAGGAAUAAUAAUUGUCAUCAAAUGUAUGUUUUUCAUGCAAUCAUGACAAUAAAUAUAAACAUUA